ACCCUCGCCCAUCUCCCCCGACCGCGCUGCUAUCAGCGAGCGCGUCUUCCAACUCGCCGGCAUCGACUGCGCUCCCGCGAGCGCGAUAAUUCCCGGCGUAGCCCGCUGCAGCGCCGGCGCGACGACCGCGCGCCCCCCGACCCGUGCAGCCUUUGUCUGCGGGCCCUAUUCUUCGACCGCAUCUCUGCGCGCGCACCGAGCGCAUCAGCGAGCCCCUAGCGACCCGCGACAGUGCUACCGCGACAUAUCUAGGAGGAACGUAGACGGAGGAGGAGGCGCCCCUUCAGGCGUGGCCACCGCAGCCGCCUUCCCAGCGACUGCUUUACCUCGUCCCGCCGACACCGGUAAAACGGUAUAAGACGGACACCAGCAACGAAUUCCCUCGACGCAACGCACCACAACCGCAAUCAUGGCGCCCGGAGCCCCGUCCGUCUCCAAGUGCCCGCUGCGCACCAUCAAGGAGAUCCAGUUUGGGCUGCUCUCGCCCGAGGAGAUCAAGGCGAUGAGCGUGGUGCACAUCAUCUACCCCGAGACUAUGGACGAGCAGAAGCAGCUGCCGCGCGCCCAGGGCCUCAACGACCCGAAGCUGGGCACCAUCGAUCGCAUGUUCACGUGCGCCACCUGCAAGGAGGACAUCCAGGUCUGCCCCGGGCACUUUGGCCACAUCGAGCUGGCGGUGCCCGUCUUUCAUGUCGGCUUCAUCACGAAGAUUAAGAAGCUUCUUGAGUCGGUGUGCCACAACUGCGGGCUGAUCCUGGCUGAUUUCAACCACCCGGACUGGAAGUCUGCCAUCCGGAUCAAGGACCCCAAGAAGCGCUUCGACAUGAUCUGGCGGCUGUCCAAGACAAAGCGCGACUGCGUCAACGACCCGCCGGAAGACGACCCGAAGAAGGCCAGCAAGAUGCCCCACGGCGGCUGCGGCAACCGCCAGCCCGACGCAAUCCGGAAAGAAGGCUUGAAGCUGAUCGCCGUGUACAAGCCGCGCAAGGACGACGACGAAGGCAAGGGCGAGGAGCGGAAGCCCAUCACGCCGCAGGACGCACUCAACAUCUUCCGCAACCUCUCGGACAACACGCUUGGUCUACUUGGGCUGAACGCCGACUACGCUCGCCCUGAAUGGAUGGUCCUAACUGUGCUGCCCGUUCCUCCACCGCCGGUCCGCCCUAGUAUUUCGGUCGAUGGGACGGGACAGGGUAUGCGUGGCGAAGACGACCUAACGUACAAGCUAGGCGACAUCAUUCGCGCCAAUGCCCGAGUGCAAGAAUGCCACCGAGACGGCUCGCCCCAGCACAUCUUGAACGAGUUCGAGACGCUGCUGCAGUAUCAUGUAGCGACUUACAUGGACAAUGACGCUAACGGCGUGCCUCAAGCGAUGCAGAAGUCUGGCCGGCCACUGAAGACAAUCCGCGGCCGCCUAAAGGGCAAGGAGGGUCGUCUGCGAGGCAACUUGAUGGGCAAACGUGUCGACUUCUCCGCACGUACGGUCAUCACGGGCGAUCCCAAUCUGUCUUUGGACCAGGUCGGUGUGCCGCGUUCGAUUGCCCGGACACUCACUUAUCCCGAAGUUGUAACCAAGUUCAACAUCAGCAAGCUAACAGCGCUCGUGCGCAACGGACCAAACCAGCACCCAGGUGCCAACUUCGUCAUCAAGACUGACGGUGUGCGUCUUGAUCUCAAGCACAACAAGAACCUUGCCGACCUGCGACUGCAGUAUGGCUGGAAAGUUGAGCGCCAUAUCGAUGACGAUGAUGUCAUCAUCUUCAACCGACAGCCUUCCUUGCACAAGGAGUCUAUGAUGGGCCAUCGUGUUAAGGUCAUGCCAUACUCGACCUUCCGCCUAAACCUUUCCGUCACUUCGCCUUACAACGCAGAUUUCGACGGCGAUGAGAUGAAUCUGCACGUUCCCCAGAGCGACGAGACGAGGGCGGAGAUUAAAAAUCUCUGCAUGGUGCCUCUGCAAAUUGUGUCUCCCCAGAAGAACGCUCCGCUCAUGGGUAUCGUACAGGACACGCUCUGUGGCAUUUACAAAAUAUGUCACAAAGAUAAUUUCCUGUCGCGGGAGCAAGUCAUGGCUAUCAUGAUGUGGGUGCCCGGCUGGGACGGGAUCGUACCUACCCCUGCUAUUCUCAAGCCGACCCUCCGCUGGACUGGCAAACAGAUCAUCAGCAUGGCUCUGAAAGACGGCAUCAACAUCAUUCGUCCUGGCGAUGAUAUACCCGACCCGUACGACGACUUCAGUGACUCGUCUUUACUGAUCCAAAACGGUGAAGUGAUCUUCGGUGUACUCAACAAGAAGGUUGUUGGUGCUGCUGCGGGCGGUGUCAUCCAUAUUAUUUUCAAUGAGCAUAAACCGGUUGAGGCAGUGAAUUUCUUCAACGCGGCGCAGCGAAUUGUCAACUACUGGCUACUUCACAAUGGCUUCAGCAUCGGCAUUGGCGACACCAUUCCGAACGAAAUGACAUCCGACAAGAUCAUGGACGCCGUGGUUAAGGCCAAGGAGGAAGUAGAGGAGAUCGUGGCAAAGGCUACCAAAGACGAGCUGGAGCCGAACCCUGGCUUGACUGUGCGCGCAACUUUCGAAGCUAAGGUGCAGAAAGCCUUGAACGAAGGCCGUGAAGCCGGUGGCAAUGCCGCGUCGAAGAACCUCCAACCCUUCAAUAACGUCGUUCAGAUGGUGAACUCCGGCUCUAAAGGUUCAAACGUCAACAUUGCCCAGAUGGUAUCUCUCGUUGGACAACAGGCAGUGGAAGGCCAACGUAUUCCCUUCGGAUUCAAAUACCGUACGCUUCCUCACUUCACCAAGGACGACUAUUCGCCCGAAUCUCGCGGUUUUAUUGAGAAUUCCUACCUGCGAGGUUUGACGCCGACUGAGUUCUUCUUCCACGCCAUGGCUGGUCGCGAGGGUCUCAUUGACACGGCCGUGAAGACGGCCGAGACCGGUUACAUCCAACGUCGCCUAGUGAAGGCACUUGAAGAUGUCAUGGUCAAGUACGACGGCACUGUCCGUAACUCUAUGGGUGAUAUCGUCGAGUUCAUCUACGGCGAGGAUGGCCUGGAUGGGGCCCAUAUCGAGAAGCAGAAGAUCGAUACUAUCACCAUCUCGGAGAAGAAGUUCCGAGACCGGUUCCACUUGGAUGUCAUGAACACCAGCAAACCCCCCAUUCCAACCAGCCGCCUGGAAGUCGCUUCUCUGAUCCAGAGCAACAAUGAAGUGCAGAGGUAUCUCGAUGAGGAGUGGGCACAACUCGAACAGGAUCGGAAUUUCUUGCGCGGUAGACUCGUGGAGGACGAUACCAAUUUCCAACUGCCACUGAAUAUCCAACGCAUUAUCGAGAACGCACGUAACGUGUUCAAAAUCAAGGAUAACGCCAGAAGCGACCUUCACCCCGUGGAAGCCAUCCAACAGGUCCGGGACCUAUUGGACAGGCUUGUGGUCAUCCGUGGUAGUGGAACCUUGUCCGCGGAGGCCCAAGAAAGUGCGACACAGCUGUUCAAGUGUUUGAUUCGGUCCAAGCUCGCCUUCAAGCGCAUGGUCAACGAAUACUCCUUAAGCAAACAAGCAUUGGAAAGCAUCAUCGGCAAUAUUGAGAAACGCUUCCUUAAAGCUGCUGUGGCUCCUGGAGAAAUGGUCGGUGUUUUGGCGGCGCAGUCCAUUGGCGAGCCUGCAACACAGAUGACGCUGAACACCUUCCACUUUGCUGGUGUGUCAUCUAAGAACGUCACGCUUGGUGUACCACGCCUCAAGGAAAUUCUCAACAUCGCAGCCAACAUCAAGACUCCGUCUAUGCUAGUUCAUCAAGAAGACAAGAAUGGCACGCAGCAAACCGCGAAGCUUCUCCGAAGUCGAAUUGAGCACACGACUUUGCGUUCGUUGACUCAUACGGUGGAGCUUUACUACGACCCCGACAUCCAGUCAACACUUAUCGACGCCGACGCCGACAUGGUUGAAUCCUACUUUAUCAUCCCGGAAGAGGACGUCGAUAUCGAGCAGCAGUCAAAGUGGCUCCUUCGUAUCAUCUUGGAUCGAAAGAAGCUGUUGGACAAGAGUAUAUCGAUCACUGAGGUUGCUGCAAAGAUCAAAGAAGAAUUCGCUCCCAAUAUCGCGGUCAUCUUCAGCGACGAGAAUGCAGACGAGCAAGUCUUGCGCGUGCGAUUUGUUUGGGACCACAACCUCAAGCAAGAGGAUGACGAGGAGGAUGAUCGAGAUGAGCGAUGGAUGCGCAAGCUCGAGAAGCACUUGCUUGAUGAUGUCACCUUGCGUGGAGUCCGCGGUGUGGAACGUGCUUUCAUCCGAUCUGAUAGCAAGGUCAUCGAGCUACCGGACAAGUCGCUGUUCUUCAAGAAGGAGGAUGAUCGCUGCAAAGAGUGGGUGUUGGAUACGACUGGCACCGCUCUUGCUGAUGUCCUCGCGGUCGAGGGUGUUGAUCCGACAUCGACCUAUUCCAACUCGUUCAUCGAGAUUCUCGGAGUUCUCGGCAUUGAAGCCGCCCGUGCUGGUCUAUUGAAGGAAUUGGCUAUGGUCCUCUCUUUCGAUGGUUCCUACGUCAACCACCGACACAUGGCUCUUCUUGUCGACAUCAUGACCCAGCGAGGCUUGCUCAUGGCUAUCACCCGUCAUGGUAUCAACCGAAACGACACCGGCGCGUUGAUGCGUUGCUCUUUCGAAGAGACGGUGGAGAUUCUACUGGACGCUGCAGGCUUUGGUGAACUGGAUGACUGCCGCGGUGUGUCGGAGAACAUCAUGCUUGGUCAGCUGGCGCCUAUGGGUACCGGGGAGUUCGAGGUCGUCAUGGACAAUCAGAUGCUGCUCACUAUGGUUGAGGACAACACACAAAUGCGCGUCGGCACUGCUGCCGGUAAUUAUUACGACACUGGUGCAGCUACCCCAUACGACCUUGGCUCGCCGACGUACGAAGGCGGAAUGGGUGGCCCAUCGUACGAUGCAUCUUUCUCUCCUCUGGCAGCUCCGGGCGGAGAUGAUCAGGGUGGCUUCAGCGUCUAUGGAGGUGGUGCCUACGGUGAUGGCAGCUUCAGCCCGUAUGCUGGCGGCCGAAGCCCUGGUUUCGCUCCUAUGAGUCCUGGGUUUGGGGGGACGAGCCCGACGUCGCCUGGCUAUUCUCCAACUUCACCCGGCUAUUCGCCCACCUCCCCAGGCCUCAGCAGCCCACGCUUUGGCGCUACUUCGCCGGGUUAUGCUGCCACCAGUCCACAGUACUCGCCUACGUCCCCGAGCUACUCUCCCACGUCACCGGCGUAUGGUGGUUCUCCUACGUCUCCUUCGUACUCUCCUACCUCGCCGAGCUACUCUCCAACGUCGCCCUCGUACUCGCCUACCUCUCCCAGCUACAGCCCGACGUCGCCGGCGCAAGUGGGUGGUCGUGGUGCAACAUCGCCGCACUACAGCCCGACUUCCCCAGCGUACAGUCCGACGUCGCCAAUGUACAGCCCUACCAGUCCGCAGUUUGGUGCGAAUAGUGAUAGGCGCUCACCUGCAUCUCCAACCUCGCCGAGCUAUAGCCCUACGAGCCCGGUCUACAGCCCAACUAGCCCUGCUGCCAACGCCUACUCGCCGACGAGUCCCAAGUUCUCGCCGACGAGUCCAGGCCCAGCUCCCUACUCGGCGACGUCACCCAAGUGGUCGCCGACCUCCCCAACAUACUCUCCUACGUAAGUGCCCUGGUCGUAGUUGUAGCCUCCCUGAGUAUGAUUGAUGCUAACGACACCACAG